GCGGAUAUUCGCUUCACCCAACUGAAACUGCAUAGAGCAAAGAUCGCGUGUGAGAUUGAGCACCAGAGCUUGUCAAGGCUCCUUUCUCAGAGUCUAUAAAUUUAUGAGGUCACAGUCCACUUGCAAUCACAAUCGCCUCGUUGUGUUUUCUUUGUUUCUUUCGGCAUCCACUAAAAAAUUUUCCCAAGAAAAUCUCAUUUGCAAGUUGCAAUGAAGCUCCUGGAUGUAACCCCUUCUCUAUAUAAGUCCUUAUAUUCUCCCUUCUCCCGCCGCAAUCCCUUCUUGCUUCCAUCCGCUUCUUCAUCAUUUUGCUCCCUUUCCGAGCAUCUCUAUUGUAAUCGCAUGGCUGCUUGUGUUGACGCCCCUAGAGCUGACACUUCUCAAUUUUCUCGCGAUCCAAACAGGUCUCAAAGUGAUGAUAACGUAUACAAUUAUGCGAAAUACUGUCGACCCAGUUUCUCUGAGCACGUUUCUGGCUUACCCUUUGCUAAGAAUCAUAUGAAAACCAUACACUCGCAGUCAGUUCUUGAAGAUCUUCACCACGAAGACGAGUAUAAAGCAGAUCCAUGGCUCAAAAUGCAGGAGGAAGCCAGGUUAGAUGUUGAAAAGGAACCGAUUCUCUCCGCCUACUACUGUACAUCCAUUCUGUCUCAGAAGACGCUAGAAAGGGCGUUGGCGAAUCAUCUUGCAAUCAAGCUGAGCAAUUCUAGCCUUCCUAGUAGUACUCUGUAUGAUAUUUUUCUGGCGGUGCUUGAAGAGAAUCAAGACGUCAUUAGUGCGGUGAAGGAAGACUUGAGAGCUGUGAAGGAAAGAGACCCAGCCUGCAUAAGCUAUGUGCACUGCUUCUUGAAUUUCAAAGGGUUUCUGGCGUGCCAAGCCCAUAGAGUAGCUCAUAAAUUAUGGGCGCAAGGUAAAAAUAUUUUAGCUUUACUGAUACAAAACAGAGUAUCUGAGGCUUUUGCUGUUGAUAUUCAUCCAGGAGCAAAGAUUGGACAGGGUAUAUUACUUGAUCAUGCUACAGGGUUAGUUGUUGGAGAGACUGCUGUGAUUGGGAAUAAUGUGUCAAUCUUGCAUAAUGUAACUUUGGGUGGUACAGGGAAGUGUUCUGGAGACAGGCACCCAAAGAUUGGUGAUGGGGUUUUGAUUGGGGCUGGGACUUGUAUUUUGGGUAACAUUAGGAUUGGUGAUGGAGCCAAAAUUGGGGCUUGUUCUGUGGUGUUGAAGGACGUGCCAGCCAGGACAACUGCUGUUGGUAACCCAGCUAAAUUGGUGGGAGGGAAGCAGAACCCAGUUAAGCUUGACAAAAUUCCCAGUUUUACUAUGGACCACACCUCCCACAUUGAGUGGUAUGAUUAUGUUAUUUAGGGGGCUCUGUUCUUGGUUAGAAUCUGGAAAUUUUGGUUGGUAUUAUGAUGGGAUUUGAAAAUUUUCCUUGUGUUGUAUUUGAGAACUGAAGUUCUCUCUUGCUAGCGAACAGAGCAGGCUGUGUUCUAAUCCUGUCUAGUGAUAAUUUAAUCUUACCUUGUUAUAUCUCAUGUAUGGCCUUGAGCAAGUAUUGCCAGACCACAUGUUCUGUAAUUAUGAAGCAAAUCAAAUUAUGUUGUUUUUUAA